GAUGGCGGAAAGUUGAAUCCUAAAAUGGGGAUUUUGAAGUUUAUAAGCUGCAGUAGUCCGCUUAGCGUAAGCGCAAGACGAUUUUUAGCACAAAGGCGAAGCUACACUCAGGCUGCCAAAAUACAGAGAAUAUUUUCAGGAAUUCAGCCAACAGGCGAUGUUCAUAUAGGGAAUUACCUUGGGGCAAUAAAGAAUUGGGUMAAACUACAAUCAGAAUGCAAUGAAGAAGUCUUGUUUAGCAUUGUUGAUCUUCAUUCCAUUACUAUUCMUCAAGACCCUAAAGUAUUUCAACAAAGUACAAGGCUCAUGGCUARCACCAUGUUAGCUUGUGGUAUUGACCCAUCAAAGAGUAUCAUUUUCAAGCAAUCUGAGGUAUCCCAACAUGCAGAGUUGGCAUGGAUUCUUAGUUGCAUCACUCCAGUGGGAAUUCUCAAUAGAAUGCAUCAAUGGAAGAGUAAAAGUGACACAACAAGGGAGACGGUUUGCCUUGGUCUGUAUUCAUAUCCUGUUCUUAUGGCUGCUGAUAUACUAUUAUACAGAACAAGUCAUGUUCCUAUUGGUGACGAUCAACUACAGCACUUGGAGUUAGCACGAGAACUGGCUCGUAUAUUUAACAAUUACCAUGGAAACUAUUUUACACCACCUAAGCACUUAUUAGCUGAGUUCACUCGAGUUAUGAGUCUYCGUGAUCCAACCAAAAAAAUGAGUAAAUCGGAUCCGAACCCWCUCUCUCGCAUUGGACUGACGGACCCUCCGGACCUUAUUGCUACAAAGAUAAGAAAGUCAGUCACAGAUUCCAGUAAUCAUAUCAGUUAUGAUUCUCAGGAAAGACCUGGUGUUAGUAACCUCAUCGAUAUUUAUUGCGCCUUCAGUGGAARGAGCAUCGAAGACGUUUGUUCUCAUUAUCAAAAUAUAGAACGAUUCAAAGCACAGUUCAAGCAAGAUCUUAUUGAUUUACUAAUAGACAAACUCAAUCCAAUUCGUCAAGAUAUCGAAAGAUUGCAAAAUGAAAGAACUUAUGUUGAUAAUAUUUUAAAAGAUGGCGCUGAAAGAGCGAAGGAGAUAGCUGAAAGAACUCUUAGACAAGUGAAAGCGUUAGUAGGUUUUGGGUAGAAUCAGCUAACCACGCUCAUCAGGAUAAUAUCUAGAGAUUCCAUCUAACCAAAUUUAUGAAAAAUCGCUUAAARUAAGUAUCAAAACGAAUCUCGAAAAUGUGCUUUUUAGCGGAUUAUUCAGCGGUUUAUUGAAUUAAGAUAGGGGCAUGCGCAACUUUUCUGGUAUUGUAAUAAAUGUUCGAAGACUUAACUACA